GGAAAGUAUGGAAACAUAACCAUAGAAUAACAUAACCCUGUAUGUCAAAUGUUUGAAAUCAGUUUUUUUGUUCCGUUUUUUCCUUUUGUCUAAAAAAUGGAUUUCGAGUUCGAUGAAAUCGAUAGUAAAGCACUGGAAGACCUCAUGGAAACUGUAACCAAGACCUCAGCGCAGAAGUCUGGACCAAGUCCUGAACACCUCAAAGUCUUAACUAAAUUUUUCGGCCACAAAACCUUCCGACCAAAGCAAUGGGAAAUCAUCUUUGCAAUCAUGGACAAGAGAGACGUGUGUGCAAUUAUGAGCACUGGCUAUGGCAAGUCCUUGUGCUUCCAAUACCCUUCCACUUUUCUCAAAGGAGUCACUCUUGUCGUCUCACCCUUGAUUGCACUGAUGCAAGACCAAGUCCUCGCACUAACUGUUUCCAAUAUUCCGGCGUGUCUUUUGGGGUCGGCGCAAAACGAGCAAAGGAAAGUCAUUGAGGACAUUUUGCAGAACAAGUACAGUAUUGUUUACAUCACCCCUGAGUUCUGUUCAGGCGACUUGGGGCUUGAGCUUUUGAAAAAAAUGGCGCAACAGCUCAAAAUUGUCCUGAUUGCGAUCGAUGAGGCCCAUUGUAUUAGCUCCUGGGGGCAUGAUUUUAGGUCGCAGUAUCGCAAUUUGGGAAAUUUGCGACAGAUUUUUCCGCGGGUUCCUGUGAUCGCAGUCACGGCGACUGCAACAACCAGAGUGCGAGGCGAUAUUGUCAAAAGUCUCCAACUGCGGGACCCUCUUAUUGUUUGUUCCGGCUUCGACCGCCCGAAUCUCUACUUCGAAGUGUACCAAAGAGCAGGCGGUGGCGCCUUCAAAGACCUGACCAAGGCCAUGGUUUACGAAAAAUCCGAAUGGAAAUUCUCUGGUCCAACAAUUAUUUAUUGUAUCACCCGUAGACAGACUGAAGAUUUAUGCGAAAUUUUAAAAAAUUGUGGUGUUAGGUGUCGAGUGUAUCACGCCGGUUUGUCGCAAAAGGAACGUCAAGAGGCUCAUGAGGAGUUUGUUCGCGACAAAGUCGACGUGAUUGUGGCAACAAUUGCCUUCGGCAUGGGCAUAGACAAGCCUGAUAUUCGAAAUGUGAUACAUUACGGCUCAUCUAAUAGUGUCGAAAGUUACUACCAGGAAGUAGGCCGUGCUGGACGCGACGGACUUCCGGCGCGCUGUGUCACGAUUUACAGUUCCGGCGAUUUUCAAAUCCUCCGAAACAUCAGCGGAGGCUCGGUCAAAAAAGAAACGGCUUUGAGGCAAAUUGAGGAUUAUUUGACCACGCGCAAGUGUCGGCGCCGCUUCAUUUUGGAGUUUUUUGAGGAUGAAGUGGGCGAGGAUAAGCCGAAGCAGAGGUGUUGUGACGUGUGUACACAAAAACUUUAUGAUAAUCGCACCGAUCAGGAGAAAUACGAAGGUCUGGAUGAAAAAGGCCGUUAUGAUUUUACAGAAGAUGCGAAAAAGUUUCUCAAAACUGUCGCACUUUUUGGUGGAAAGUGCGGUUUGACCACUUAUAUCCUUUUUCUGAGAGGGUCUCAGUCGACAAGGUUGACUGAAGAUAAAAGGAAACAUCCGCUGAAUGGAUGUGGGAAGGACCAAUCGGAGGAAUGGUGGAAGUGCAUAGCGAAAAUCCUCACUGCGGAGAAUUGUCUGAGCGAAAAAAACCAAAAAUUAUCAUCAGGUUUCACCUAUCAAGCCUUAUCAUUAACAAACAAAGGACAAUCGAUGAUUAACGGAAGUGAGAAAUUACUCAUCCCGCCACCGUCAACUGUCCUCACGUUAUUGAAACAAAAGCCGGCCAAAGAAUCGGUUUGGUUAACCACUCGACCGGUUAACACCCCCUCAACGAGUAAACAGCCGGAAAAUACCGAAACUCCGGAGGAAAUUGAGCAACGGAUGUCACUCUACCGGAAACUACUCGACCAAAGGACCGAUAUUGCGGCAAAAUUGGACUGUAUGCCAUACAUGGUGGCCUCAAACACAGUCUUAAUGGAAAUGUCAAAAUGUAAACCGAAAACAAUCGCCGAUCUUCGAACCUUAAAUCUUGAGGGCUUCCCCGAGGCCAAAAUACUCAAAUUUGGGGCCGCCUUUCUGGGGGUCAUUGCGAGACAACUCAAGUUGAAUAAACCAAAAAUUCGGGAGAUUCUACUCCAAAACCCUUUACCCGACGUUAGCAUGACUGUCACUGCCGAAGUCUCGUGCUCCAUGCUAGAGUCGGGGCUCACUGUGGGCGAAAUCGCCGCCAAAAGGGGGGUCACCGUGGGGACAAUUGCCUCGCACCUCAUUUCCGGCAUAAAAUUCGGGUUUCCGGUGAAAAUGUCGGAACUGGGGGUCAGUGAGGAGCAUCGCGACGCCAUAAUAAAAGCCUACAGGGGGCUUGUGGGGCCCCCCUUAAGUCCAGUUUUAGGGUUUAACAGUGUUAGGUUGUCCGAGAUGAAGGAGAGGUGCCCCCCGGAUUUUACCUUCGACCAGAUUAAGACAGUUUUGGCGUAUUUGGAGGUCAGGUGUCACUUGGCGGCUCUCAAUUUUGACUACGAGGAGUUUGAAGACUUUAACUUUAGUGAUGUUGAUUUGAAGACUGAAAUGAAGAGUGAGGAGGAGGGGCCCCCUUUGAAACGCGAGAAGAAAGACUGUGAUCCGUGUGUGGACGCAAUUUUGGAUUCGCCCCCCAGGGAAGUCAAAGCUGAGCCAAAAAAAUCGAAAAAGGCGCUCCCGCCUUGGCUCGUGCCCAAAAAAUUGUCCUAAAUUGUUAUUGUUAAGUCCUAACCGUUUUUUCUUGUUUUUUUUUAUGAAAUAAAACUAUUUUUUUUUGGUA